AUGAUGUGUGCGAUGCAAGAGGAUGACAACGGUAGCAGCGAUGAUGGUCAAGACCUUGAAGGACGCCAUCUCCCGCGACCCUUAGAUGACGAGGACCACUUUGAUGAUCCCAUUGAGAAGGCGCCUCAUUACGAGCGGAGCGACCGACUGGACUCUGCGGCAGGUUACCUCUACGAGGACACUGUGGAACACAUUUGGGACAAACAGGACGCCUCCGGCUUGGUGUGGUACACAGAUGCGGCGUACUGGGACAGGAUGGCCGGGGAUUUGGAUGAGCGUUGCGCAGAUGCCUGGGAUGUCGAAAGUGAGCCACGUGAUGUUUCCAGUGAGGACGAGGUGUCGGAAAUUCCGGCGGUGGAGCAGGGUGUUGGCCUGGCUGCAGUGCAGCGUGGCGUGGCAGGCAAGAUCAUGCGCUCGUGGGGCGCAGACCCCUCCGUGCAAAGGCCUAGCAGUACGCUCCUGGCCGUGGUGGAAGGUCUGCAGCCCAACCUCUCGCGCACCGGACUAGGCUGGAUAGGCGAGAAGGCUCGCACCAAGGCUUCUGUGAAAUGUUCCAGCGAUGACUGGGUGCGUAUCGGAUCCAUUUACGACAAACAUCAAGCAGACGGGGACAUGAAGCCUCGGGCAAACAGAGGGGAAGGGCGACUUGUUGGUUCCUUUUCAGCAACUUCGACUCUUGUGGCGGAUUGCCGGCGGCGGCUGACCUUCGUACCUGCCCAGCACGUG